AUCAACACUUUUCAUUAUAAUUAUUAUUAAUUAUUUAACAAAUGUUUCCAUUAAAACUUGCCAAGUUUAAUUUUUUAUUAUUUUCUUUGAUUUUUUAUAUUAAUGCUAAAUCAGAUUUCAAUGACUCGGCAGAUAAGUUUGAUAUUUUAAUUACAUAUUCAGGAUGGAAUAAUUUGAAUGACGUAAUAUAUAUAAAAUAUUACAGUAAAAUACAUUAUGUUCAAAGUCUGAUUGAAGCAACUAAAAAUCAAUACAGGCGUAACCAAAAAAUACGAGGCUUGUCUAUUUACCUUGGAUGCUCAUACACCAAAGAUUUAAAAAGUCUAUUUGUAGUUAUUGGUAACGUCAAAACAAUUUGUGAAAAACUAUUAAAAAAAAACGAUAUAAUAAAUGCAUGCAUUUGCACCGAAGAACUCGUAUAUAUAAUGUCGUUAUUAUUUGUUCCAAUGGUAACAUCGAUGAAAGGUGCCAUGGACGCUUUAGAUUUAUUACAUGAAAUGCCAUGGGCUAAUUGUGAUAGAAAUUUGUUCUCAGUAGCUAAAGUAUUAGGGACAAUAGAAAAUAUUCAUGAACAAUUUUAUGAACGAUCUUUAUCACGUAAAGACAUAUCUACAUAUAUAUGGACAUUAAAUACAGUAGAGCAUUUCGAAAAAAUAAUAGAAAAAUUAUUCCUUGAAUCUAAUCCCCAUUGUGAAUAUUUACCCUAUGAUACGAAUUAUUUAUGGAAUAAAUGGAUUCAAGAAUAUAAAAAUAUUAUUGGUCAAGGCAUAAAAUUAGUAUUUAUCAAAUUUAUAACCAGAAAAAUUAAGUAUUAUGUCAGAGAAGUAAUUAUUGAAAAGUAUUUUCAACUGGGAUUCAAAUUUGAUCCAAUCACUGAAGAAACAUUUAUAGCAAAAGAAACUAUUGAACUAGAUUUGAGAUUUAAAGCAACAGAUGAAGUCGUUCCAGUACCAAUACAAAUAGAAAAUCAUUAAAUGUUAUAAUACAAUUAUUUUAUCCUAUAUUUAUACAUUAUAAUUUACCAAUAAUUACAUAAUAGUUUAGCAAAUACAUAAAUAUAUAUGUAUAUAAAUAUAGCUUUAUUUUUAAUUUCUAAAUUUAAAUGAUAUAAUUGUAUGAUAAUUUUUAUUAUGGCACAUGAAUAAUCAAAUUAAAUAUG